AUGAAAAGGAUAAUUUUAAUACGAGAAGAAAAAUGUGAGUCUAAAAUAGAACUAAGAGCAGUAUUAUUAUCUUGCUCUCAUAAACACUCAGGAUGUGAUGAUGAUGAUCCGCUAACUCUGGCAAUGGCAACCGAGGAAAAUAAAAUUCUUGGAAUAAAUUCAAAUAAAUUUUCGUCACUGAAAGAUGAUGCUAAAAAGGAGUUUCCUAAUUCCGUUAAAGAAUGCAAGAGAAAGCUAAUUAUAACAUUAAAAGUUAAAAAUGCGGGCAAAAUGCCUUGCGAUGAUGAAUACAUAUCGGUGGAUCACGUUUUUGAUCCAGAAACGGGAGGAAGGGGACGUUUAUUAACUCCUGUUGUCCUUAAAUUACAUCAAGACCAAAUGCUCCAGCUGUACGGACUCGAGUAUCAAAGAAAAAAGACGAAAGACGAAUGUAGCGUAAAUCUGGAUAAUCCGACAUGUGGAGUUACUUUGUACAAUGGAAAAUUUAUACCCUACAGCGAGGGUUUUUGUUGUUCUAAUGGUAAAAAGAAUGAAAAAGAAAUGCUGUCGAGUUCUCACGCUCAGAAAAAAUCAUUUUUAUACAGAAAUCCGAAAUUAAUGACUCGCCAAGAUAAUCCUUACGUUGAAAAUUUUGGAUAUUCCGGUGUUAUUUUAGAUCCAAAACUAAUUCGUAUUAAAUAUAAACGUUCUAAUUCAUCAGAGAGUACAGUUGAUCAAACAAUGGAUGAUGAUAAAGAUGAUUAUUGUCCAUUUAAAGAAUUAACAUCGGAUAAACUCCCGAAUUUUUUUUUCGAACACGAUAGAAGAUUAAUUUGCUGUCAAAAAGAAUUUUUAAGAGAUUUGUGCAACUUAAAAAAUCAAAAAUUUAAAAGUCACGCAAAUCCGAAUUCAAUGAGUAAUGAAAACUUAUUGGAAAAACCUGAAGAACAACCGACGCGAGGAAAAAGAGAAAAUUUUCAAAAAGUAAGAAGAAAAAAAAUAAAUAAAUGGGAUCAAAAUGUCGUCUCUCUGAGCGAUUAUUACGAACGUAAAAAUCGUUUGAAAAAUCAUCAUGCUUAUCCUCUGUUGCAACUAUCCUCUUCGAGAUUUGGUAAAGAUAUAUUAUUACAUAGAAACACGUGGAAACGUAAAGUCAAUUCGGAAGAAGAUGAAAAUUCUAAAAUCACUCCUCCGGGAUACUUUUUUUCACACGAUAGUUCACUCUUGUAUUCUGCUACUUCCACAGGAACAACUUCAAAUUAUUCUGCCGUAAAAGAAAUAAACGAUCUCACGAUAAAUUUUUCGCAAGAUAAUUUACAAAAGAUUCCUAAAGAUGAUUUUAAAUCGGAAAAACCUAAAGGAAAAGAAAAUUAUGAAAAUACUAAAGAUAACGAGAGUUGUAAGAAGAAAUUAGGAGGGGAAAAAGAAAAUGAAAAUGAAAAAAAUGAAAAAUUAGAAAAGGAUUUGAUUUGUGAUAAAAAAAAUUCAAUAACGAUCGAAAUUGGAGAAAAUAAAAAAACAAAAAACGAACCACCUUUCGAUAAUAAAUCAGAAGACGGUGAAAAUGCGACAAAUCAAUUUUCCGGUUUAUUUAAAUUAAAAGAAAUAAAAUGCGAUCAUAAUGAUGAUGGUCAAACACGUUAUGAAACAACGACGGAAGAAAAAAAUUUUUAUUUAAACACCGAAGAAAAAAAACAACCGACGACGACGGGACAAGAAUCAAACAAACAAAUCCCUACAAAUUCAAAGGGAAAAAAUAAUUUUUAUCAGGAUAAAUACGAACAUUUUAAAAACGAGAAAAAUAUCGAAACGGCACAAAAGGAAAACAGCGGAGGUGGAAAACUUAACGAAAAAGGAUCCAUAGAAGAAAUUUUUCAAAAUAAUUUCAAAACAAAAUGGCCGAAUUCGGAUGAACAUUUUGAAAAAAAAUUACCUCUUACUAUUCAUAGUAAAAAUCUUGGACCGGGUAAGGGAAACAUGAACAUAUAUUUUGAAGUGAUACAAAAACCCAUUGACAAAAUCCCCAAAAUUCCUCAUCAGUCCAUCAAAUAUAAUGAUAAUAAAAAUCCAUUUGAUAGUAAUUCAGUAAGAAAAUAUCAGAAUCAUCACAAUUUAAAGAAAACAACAAGAAAUUACAUGAAUUCAAAUCAAGAAGAAAUGAAUGAUUUUCGUGUAAAAAAUUAUAUAAAUUCUAAACAAGAUGGCGGUGGGAUUUUAAUACCAUUUACGGAUUACAAUGAUUAUUAUUACAGUAAUAAUGUCAGACAUCGUAAUUUAAUUCGAGAAUAUGAAAAAAUAAAAAAUAAUCAAUUAAAAAAAUACCGAAAUAAGAGAAAUGUUGAAAAUUCAUCGGGAAAUGAUAAAUAUUUGUUUCAUAUUCCUGUUGUCGAUGUUAAAAAUAAAAGGUUAUCAUCGAAUUCUCAAACGGAAACUUUAAAUAAUAAUAUAUCAAAAAUAAAUAAUAAAAUAGAAAAAGAAAAAAAAUUGGUAGAAAAUGGCGAUGUCGGUUACAGAGUUUUUUCAUCAAAAAAUGAAAUUAAUAAUUUAUCCGAUGGUGAAAAAUUUUCAAAGGAUGGAAAAUCAAAAAAAAUUUUCUCGUAUAAAAGUAGAUUACUCAGAUCUUAUGAAAAUGCUCCCAGUUACGUUAUCGAUAAGAAAAAUGAUAAUUUAAUGAAAAAAAGGCAAACUCUUUCUUCAGGAAAAAAUGGUAAAUGUUCAGGGAACAGCGCUCACUGUUUAAGAUUUGGUGGUUUAUGGUACGGAAUGUAUCAGAUAAAAAAACCUGUCGUUGCACAAACUGUUGGAGUUCAGGUUUUUGAAAAAAAUGUUUUUUUUAACGGUAAUUCCGAAUGGAGAGAUUUAACUAAAGGAAAAAUGGUCAGGGUUGGAACUUUUCUACCAAAAGCAGAAGACGAAUUACCAACUUUUUCAAUGACAUAUGCCGGUGAUAAUACAAAGAAAAUAUCAACGUCCAUAGAUUCCGAUAAUUACAUGUUGCUCAUUCCUUCUCACAUGGAAGGUGGUCCAGACGAAUAUUUAGUAGUCAGAUCAAAAGAUGUUUCAUCAGGUUCCGAAUGUAAUAUGAUAGGAACUUCUUUUGAAGCAUUUUCCCAACAGCCCGAUCGUUGUGCUCGUCCAAAAGGAAGCUGUUUGACACGACAGCCGGUAGAUUUAUGGAGAGAAGAUAUGGAAGCCAGAAUUAGAGGGAAAAGAGGAAAAUAUUUUGUUGAAAAUUUUGGAACGGUACCUAAUUCUCCAGUAAAAACUUAUUCAAAUUUAUCCGGUGAAUAUUUGGCAUUGGAAUACUAUGGAGAUUAUACGAGCACUAUUGAAAUUGAAAUGAAAGCGGAUUUUAAUGUCAUGAUUAGAAAAGGAUCUUCAGCUCAAAUCCCUUCAGUUUACGUUGACAGUACAUAUCCAGACAAAACGAGAAUUGUACUAUCGGUAUUAAACACGGGAUUGACAUCAUCCUAUUUUCGUCCUCGAUUAGGAGAUUGUCCGCCGAAUAUAAAUCCAAAAUGGUGUCCUUUAGAGGGACCUUUAGUAACGAUAAAUCCGCAACAGCGACACGAUUUCAGAUUAGAUUUAUCCGGUGCAAUGCCUUCGAAUAAAUUUCACGCAACAGUUCAAGUUUUAGAUCAAUCGAAUAAGAAAUUAGCUUGUAGAAGAGUAACAUUUAAAAAAUCAGAUCGAUGUCUUUGUGCUUUUCAUUGUAAAUGUAAUUGUGUAGGAAAUUCGGAUGGUAGACGAUGUCGAAGAUUAGCUUCCAGUGAUUUUAAAGAUGCUGGAUAUUUAAGAUCUUAUCCUUUCAGAAUUGGAACUGCUCCAUCCACACAAGAAUACAUUAAAAAUAAUAUUCGAACUAUUCUUUUUGUUUGUUUUUAUACUUUACUCUUAUUGGGAAUGAUCGGUAUGAACGUUAUUGUAGGACCGAGAAAAUUAAAAAGAUAUUAUGAAUCAGAAUUAAGAGAUUGUGCCGUCCGUUACAAUGAAAAUGGUUUUCCAGUUCAUCCUAAAAGUUUUGGCUCUGUUCAGUUGGUACCACUGUAA